AAGUAACUCUAGUCAAAUAUCAGAUAAUAUAACUGAGUCUAUAUUUAGCUACCAAGAAUCUAGUAUAACUAUUGAAGGUACUGAUAAUGAUAAUAAUGAUAUAGUUAAUUUACUUGCAAGCUCUAAAAAUUUUUUACAAAAUCUCCUAGAAUCAGAA